AUGCUGCUCCUGCUCCAAGGUUCUCCUCUGUUGGUUGGUGCCAUGGCGGACCCGAGCUGGUGGAGACUAACCUUCUCUCGUAAAAAGAAAUCUGAACCCAAAGUGCUGUACGAGAUCCCCGGGGAGCACGGCAGCAACAACGGGAACAAGGAGCAUUCGGGCAUUAACCCGCCUCAAGAACACGUGGACAGCCAGUUCAAUGCCAGACUGGAAAAGAUCGUAGACAAAUCGGCCACUAAGGGGCGCCACGUCAAGGUGUCCCACUCUGGCCGCUUUAAGGAGAAGAAGAGAGUGCGCGCGACUUUGGCCGAAAACCCUGCGCUUUUCGCCGAGCACAGUAAAAAAGACGAGAACCAUAAAAACAACAAACAUGCAGAUAAAUAA